AUGUCGUCGAGGACUGACCACAGGCGACGCGAACGCAGCUGGGAGCGCGAAGACAGAGAUCGAGACAAAUACAGAGACAGAGAUCGAUAUUCUAGGAGCAGCAAGCCAUCUACUUACCGUGACGGUGGACGCAGGCGAGACUCCCGGUCCCGGAGUCCAAGAAGAGACAGACCCGACUAUGACAGGGAAAAGGACAAAGAUAGAGAUCACAAGUACUCAAGGAGGGACGACAGACGGGAUCACGACCGUGGCGAUCACAGGGAGGACGAACGAAGAAGCAGCAGAAGGGAUGGAAGACGUGACUAUGAAGUACCUGACAGAGUUUCCACAAAGAACUUAGAGGGCCGUUCAAAGGAUGUCGCACAGCGUACUGCCCCUCAGCUUCAAGAUGGACAUGCCGACAGAGAACUUGUGGCGGAGCGAAUUCAAUCACCACCCAUGAUGGCUGCUAUGGGUCUCUCAAGCUUCGGAUCAACCAAAGGAAAACACGUCGAGGGCAACCAAGAGGGUUCUGUCAACGUUAAGAAGAUUAGGACUUGGCGCCAGUACAUGAACCGACGUGGAGGAUUUAACAGGCCACUUGACAAGAUCAAAUGA